UGAAUUUGUGUUCAAGCUGUCAAAUUAGGGAAAUUGCAUUCUUUCGCAGCGAGAAAAGUUACGAUUAUUACGCGUUUUCCAUUUUAAAACUACAAAGAUUCCAUCGUAGUCGUUAUGGCAGAUCCCAAGUUUCUCAAUCUUCCAGGAAUUGUUUACGACCAGCCGGACGUUUAUGAGACUCCUGAUGUGCCGGAAGUGGAGACAUCGGACUAUUACGAUGAAGAUCCCGAGAAUAGCGCGAUUGAGUGCCUUCAGCUGUCCACCAAGGAUUGUUUCAACAAGUUCAAGGGGAAGUACCUGAAGGGAGAUGUUGACUUCUCGGAUAGGAUCAGCAAGAGAACGCGCACGGGAUACGCUGCCCGGUCUGGAUUGUGGGAAAUCAACGGUGAAGGUGGCCGAGAGACUCCGCUGCAGAAGUACAGACGCCUCCAGUGUGAAAUGCAUGAGUUGCUGGAUGAAAUGUCUGCAAUCCAAGCGAAUGCGCAGACAACGAAGGAGGAAAAGCAGUCUUAUGAGGUGAUUUCUGGUGUCGUGAGCUCGGCCAGUAAGAUUCUCAAGUGUCUGCACUUUGAGGAGGUUCUGGGAAAGGAAACAAUGUCGAAGAAUACGGAGCUGGAGCUGAAGAAGCUAGUGACUCAGGUAGAGGAGUUCAAGAAGGCAGAUACUGUGAUGCCCCCGAUCACUGAUAUCCACCUGGCGCAGGAGAAUCGUAUAGCUGAGCUGGAGCAUCGACUGCACACACUUGAGAAGGCUAUUGGGGCGAAGCCUGAGAAGUUGAGUCGCCUCAUUGGCGCUCUGGGAGUGAGUAAUCUUCUGGCCGGUGUGCAACAGCUUUCAGCCAAGACGGCUCUUCUGCAGCCUGCUCAGCUGGAUCUGCUGGAGACGCGACUUCUUGGCCUGGCCAAUAAAAUGAACGCUGUGGCGGAGAAGACAGCCACCACACCGCAGGAGAGUGACCGAGAGGCUAAAGUUAUGGAGCUGUACAAGAUUGCUAAGCGCACAGAGCCAAUUGUGCAAAUCCUCCCUGAAAUGGUGGCCAGAAUGCAGUCUCUAGAAGCCCUCCACAAGUAUUCCUCAAACUUUAGUAAAGCUAUCGCUGAAUUGGAAGCCAGCCAAACCAUGAUUCUCACGGGAUUGUCCCAGAACAAAGUGCUACUCCAAGAAAUUCAAGAGACUUCAGCAGUGCAGUUCGAUAAUCUCCAGAAGGAAGUAAAGAAACUGGAGGAUAGGCUCAAUGCCAUUAAGCUUCCCAAGUAAAUCACGCAUCUCACAACACUCAGCUUCGCUUUGAAUAUUUUAAUAUAUCCCGCAAAUAAAUAUUUCGCACAUUAA